AUGUACAAUACUGCUUAUUUCAGCUGUUCCGGAGACCGAAUCUCUCGUCUUUGUCAACAUUUACUCUCCUCUGGUUCAUUCUAUCCCAUCCACCCGCCAUCCGACGACUUACCUCUGGAUUAUCCUUUGUGGAAUCGUCGUGCACAGAUGCCAGUCACACCACACUGUCUAAUUGUUCCAUCUCGACUACGUCAAUUUGUCAAG